UUGAAGUAAAUUUAAGUUAGUUAAACUCUAAACAUACCAAACUGUGCUCUUCUACGUUGCGUUGGUUGAGCAAUUUUGCAGUGUUUUCCUGUUCGAUUUAGGCAUGGCUUCGACAGAGUCCAAUGCAAUAGAAAACAUUGAUGAUGGCGAACCAUGUGUGCUUCGUGAGGAUACAAUGCUAAUAUUGCAACAAUUUCUAAAAGAAAAAGAGCUAAAGGAAAGCAUGGAAACAGAAAGCAGUGAACUGAAUAAACGGUUUGAGGAAAACUGGCAAUUGAGCCAAUUUUGGUACAACGAAUCAACAAAAGAAAAACUUGCUUCAGUUGUUGAACACCUACAAAAGGAAAAACCUACUUCUGAAGGCAAAUUCAAAGUAGCUCUUUUAUCGGCUCCUUCGGCAUUUAAGCAUAUAUCGAUCGUUGUUCCGGAUGCAAUGUUGUUUGAAUACGAUGGACGAUUCGCAUUUUACGGGGAGCAUUUUCGUCAAUAUGACUACAAUCGGGCAUUUGAGCCGCAAUAUUUGGAUGAGUUUAGACACACAUUUGACUUGAUUAUUGCCGAUCCCCCAUUCUUGUCCGAAGAGUGUAUACAAAAAAUAGCGUUUAUAGUGAAAAAAAUGUCUAAGUCCCAUGGAAAACUAGUACUUUGCUCUGGAGCAGUCGUGCAGAGUUGGGCUCAACAGUAUCUGGCUGUUAAGUUGUGCCAAUUUCGGCCCGAACAUGAACGAAAUCUUGGCAACGAAUUUUGCUCUUAUGCUAAUUUUGAUCUGGAUAGCCUGUUAAAUAAAGCAAACCCAUGA